UAUUCUGAAAUAGAACUUUUUUUCGCAGAGGUUGUCUCCUGACGUCUUUAUUUCACCGAUGUUUGAAAUAUGUACAGUGCAUAUACCGUUCCGAAGUAGCAAAUUAUAUUCUUGCAAUGAUUAAUAUUCUUGAACAAUUAGUAGAACAUUUUUUUUAUUUUUAUAUGUCAGCAGCAAAUCUACAAAACAAAUAAUUUGUAUUAAUUGAAAGUUUUGUCAAAAUCGAAGAUAAAUGAAGAUUAAAAUAAUGCCAAUCGUUAGAUCAAGUAUUAGGAAGUCAUCUUUGUGUUCUGUCAUUUUAUUCAUUAUUUUUUGUUCUGCUGUAUUUGUAUUAUGUAUCAAUAAUGAAAUAUUUAGCCAAGUUUUAGACUUCAGAGAUCGAAGAUCCUUACUUCUUUUAUGUUUUGGUGUAGUUACUAUUAUUUCCCUCUCUAGUAUUAUCAGUGUGCUCCUUUUGUUUGGAUUUGAAGAUUUUCUAAAUGGCAAAAAUUCAAAUGUAUUCAAACGAGUUUGUGAAUAUAUGAUGGCUCAUGAAUAUCUUUGUAUUUCUGUGUGUGUGGAUGUAGUUUGUUACAUUUCAUGCAUAUAUGUGGGAUUACAGUUAAAUUUGACUCACUUUCUCGUCAUCAUUUCUGCCAGUAUACUUUUUGCCUGCAUAAUUGUAUGGACUGAUUAUGAUGAUGUUGAUCUUUCUUCAUCUCAAAAUGUGGAGAAAAGCAUUGGUGCUACUUGGGCUCAUGGUGCUUAUUCAGCUUUUUAUAAAAAAAUUCUUGUUGAUAUAACCUUGAGAAUGUCAGAAUUUGAAGAAAAGAAUGGUAUUACUUUAUUGGUCAAGAAACUAGUCAUUAUAUGCCCUUUAUCGUGCAAUGCCAAUGGUAGUUUGGAUGGCAAAGGAGGAAAUAUAAAGUGUGAAGGGACUCUGAGAGGAAUACAAGACGAUGAAGGUGGCAACAACAAUAGGCAUUUAAAAACAAAUGUGUAUAAACUCUGUGAACCAUUUGUAUCGUAUAUAGCUGCAGAAAUUCCGAGUCCACUAGCAACUUUGUAUGAAAUGAGAGAUGUUAUGGAUGCCAUUGUUUUAGAAUAUCAUCGAAAAUGUUUUGUUGAAACGUUGAAGGAUCUUUUGAAAAGUUACCAGUGUAUUAUGUUAGAAUAUGAUGAUUUAAACUCGCCAGAGCCAUUACACAGUUUUUUAUUGUCGAAACUGCAAGAUGGAAAGAUAAAAAGUUUGUCAGUGUGACUGAAUGAUUUAUUUUUGAAUCUGCAAAAUUUUCUUUUUAAUAAUUUGUUGCUGAUUGUGAUACUGUAUAUAGUUUAUGUUUUUAAUGUUAUAUUUCUAAUAAAUGUUUUUUAUCUUUUUAA